GGGCCGGGCGGCGCCAUGGGGCCGCUGCCGCCGCCUCCGCCUCCGCCUCCGCCUCCGUCCCCGCCGCCGCUGCUGCUGCUGCUGCUCCUGCUGCUGCUGCCUCCGGGCCCGCCCGCCGCGCCCGCUCCGCUCCGCCCGCUCCCGGGCCGCCCGGGCUGCCUGUUCCGGGAUGGACUCUGCAGGGCCUCGGAGGUGUGUGUGGACGAUGGAGAGUUUGGAAAGUGCCAACCGGUUCCUGCCAUGGAUGCUCAGCACUACCCAAUGUCACCAGGGACUCAGCAGCGUCUGGCAACCAAUUGGCAACAGUCACCCCAAAAGGAUACAGGUUUCCAGUGGCAGGAUGGCAGCCAUGCCCAACAUGUGAUGGCCCAGGAACUCGCAGACCUACUCGGGAUUCCCCCAAGACGCUCCACCAGGCUCUCACCACGGCGAGCCAACAAACUGGACAGAGACCUGGCCCUGGCCACUGCCCUCCAGCACUCCAUGCCCUACCUGGAGGCCCUGGCCCCUACUCCUGAUGGGCACGCCUGGGCAAGGCAGGCUGGGGCACCAAUUCAGGCUGGAGAUGUCCUCGCUUCCAACAGGCUCACCCAGAUGUCUGCUCUCACUUACGCCCCGGAGCCUCUCCGGCCCCUGCAGCCCCAUUGGUACCAGCCAGACCAGCUCAGCCCAAAGAUGGACAGUGAUGUGGACAGGCAAAGCCUGAUGGAGGCCUUGAGCUCCUACAUGUCUAGGAAUGCUGCCCUUGGCCCGAGGGCUCACUCCCUGGAAGGACACGGUGCCCUGCCAAUUCCCUGGGGAGUCCCCAGGGGGCAGUCAGCAGCAGCAGCAGCCCCCCAGAAACGGCCAUUCACUGUGGGAGACCGUCUGGAUUCUGGCGACAAUGCCAGGAUUUGGAAGCUACUAAAGAAUCCAAGGAAGCUUCAGGCCAACAGUGGGACCCAGGAACCCUUGAGCCUCAAUGAGAUGCUCCUCAUGGUUGCAGGCACAGAACAGAGUGGAGGUAAAGGAGAUCUCGGGGAAGCACCCAGAGGACGUCCUGGGGAGCAAGGGGACCGCCCAACAGCAACAUUUGCAGCACAUGGUCGACCAGAACCAACAGGUCACAGUGGGCCAGAUACAAGCACCCAAGCUGACCCUGAGGUGAACCCUUGGAGCCCGUCCCUGAUGGCUACUUGGCUGAAUCUCAGCCCCCGCCCUCUGCCCAGACUGGCCCCUCCUCCGGCACCCUUCAGUACAGAGGGCCCCCAGGCCAGCCUGUCUUCGGAGGAGGAGCCUGCAGGGCUGGAGACUGUGAGAAGCCAGACUUACUUCUGGAAACUGGGUCCUGGCCAUCACUGGAUGCCCACAGCUGGACAGGAAAGCCAGAGCCUGGAAGCAGGGGACCCAGGACACGCGGGGUCAGACCUGAGGCUGGAGGUCGAGUCUCCCUCGGAACAGGGCUACAUGAUGACCGACCGAGACCCCCUGAGCCUGACACAGGGCGAGGAGCUGGUAGGGGACAUGGCUCGCCUCCUGGACCUGCCCAGGGCCAUCUUUUCAGACAUCCGGGUCCUGGGCCCCCUGGUGACCUUUAGAGUGACCCCUGGUGUCCACAACCUGACGGCAGCAGACGUGGCCAAGGCAGCAGCCAACAACAGGGACAGAUUGCAGAGCACGACUGGCCUAAAGGUCCUUCGAGCUGGCAUCGGGUCGGGGGACAUACUGCAGCCUCUCCCCCAGCAAGGGGACCCAGAGGACUCCACCAAGUUUGCGGUGCUGACACUUGUCUCCGUGGCGGCCAUCGUGGGGGUCCUCCUGGCCUCUGUGGCCAUCCACUGCCUGCGCCACAGCUCUCCCAGCCGGCUCCAGAAGAAGCUCAGAGCCCCUGCCGUCCCAGCCUGCACCACUGCCUACCAGGAGCUGUGCAGGCAGCGCAUGGCUGGGCGCUCGUCAGAGCACACGUCCCGCAUCCACUCGACCUCCCUGCAGUUCAGCGAUGAGCCAGUGCCCAGCCCUUCUGCGCGAAGCAGCACAUCCUCAUGGUCCGAGGAGCCGGUGCAGCCCAACAUGGACAUCUCUACAGGCCACAUGGUUUUGGCCUACAUGGAGGACCAUCUGCGGAACAAGGACCGGCUGAGGGAGGAGUGGCAGGCACUCUGUGCCUAUGUGGCAGAGCCCAACAGCUCGACGGUCGCCCAACGCGAGGAGAAUGUCCACAAGAACCGCUGUCCAGCGGUGCUGGCCUAUGACCACUCCAGAGUCAUGCUCAAGGCAGAAAACAGCUGCAGCCAGUCGGACUACAUCAACGCCAGCCCCAUUAUGGACCGUGACCCGCGCAGCCCCUCCUACAUCGCUGCCCAGGGCCCGCUGCCUGCCACUGUGGCCGACUUCUGGCAGAUGGUGUGGGAGAGCGGCUGCGUGGUCGUGGUCAUGCUCACACCCUUGGCUGAGAGUGGCGAGCAGCAGUGCCACCACUACUGGCCUGACAGCGGCGCCAACCUCUACCACAUCUAUGAGGUGAACCUGGUGUCGGAGCACAUCUGGUGUGAAGACUUCCUUGUGCGCAGCUUCUACCUGAAAAACGUGCGGACCCAGGAGACACGCACAGUCACCCAGUUCCACUUCCUUAGCUGGUACAACCAGGCCGUGCCCUUCUCCACCGGCUCCCUCCUAGACUUCCGCAGAAAAGUAAACAAGUGCUACCGGGGCCGUGCUUGUCCAAUAAUUGUCCACUGCAGUGACGGUGCAGGCCGGAGCGGCACCUACAUCCUGAUCGACCUGGUCCUCAAUAGGAUGGUCAGAGGCGCUAAGGAGAUUGACAUUGCAGCCACGCUGGAGCACCUGAGGGACCAGCGGCCGGGCAUGGUGCAGACCAAGGAGCAGUUUGAGUUUGCAUUGACAGCCGUCGCUGAGGAGGUGAACGCCAUCCUUAAAGCCCUGCCACAAUAGCAGGACCCCGUCCACCUGUGAAUGCCCGCGGCCACUGCCCACCCUCCCCUCUCGCAGCCCAGUGUGUCUUCCCCACCCAGUAGUAAUAAAGGUCUGUGGGAGCAUCUGA